AUGUCCAUUUUCUGUUGCUAUCGUCCUCGGCGGACGGUAAGUCAAGAGCCUGUCCAGGACACAAUUGAACUUCCAACCCGUCCGCCGCGCGUGAAGUUGCCAAAUCCGCCAUUUCCUCCCUCAGGAGCUCAGCUAUCGUCUCCAGAGGUUGUAAUUAAAAAAACACCACCGCUUCCCCACCACCAAAUACCAGAAGCUACCGUGGAUCCCAUCAUCCUUGAAAUCGAAGAUUCGGACGACGAUGAACCUGUGAGGAGUACCAGAAACUCCAGUACAGGUACUCUAGGAGCUAUUAGGACCAGGUUUAUUAGACGUUUGUCUCAAAAGUCUGAGUCAAGAAGACAUUCGCAGUUGUCCCUGGGUACCAGCGAUGAAGAGAUCGCACGGCGUGCCGAGUUGAGGAGACUAAUGCGAAAGAGAAUUCAGGAGGAAUUAAAAAACGAAGAGGAACGGGAAGACGCCAAGGUGAAAGCAGGCAAUACCGAAGAACCCAAGCCUGACGGUACUACUAAUAUCGAACUCCCUCGUGGUGGACCGCGCGAUAAUAUAGAAUUCUGCGUCUUGGACGUGAACGAAACUAGUCCUCAGGAUAAUACUUGUGGCACUCCAGACGUUUUGCUUCUUGCUCUUUCCGCCAGCAACUCUCAACCGGGGAUUUCUCUUCGUCGGUGCAGCUAUCCAGGCUCUAGUCCGAUCUCUCGGGCCCACGAGGAUGCUGUCACAGAUGACCGUGGAGUCGUGAAAGAACGCGGUCCCUUACCACGAUUUCCCUCUUCUCCUCAGUUGACCCCUGUUCACGUACCAAGCGCUAGAGUCUCGGAAUCCCUUUGCUCAUGGCGACUUUCCUAUAGCGCCGAACAACUUGCGAGAUAUAUCGGGAUACCAGAGCCGGUUAAACCUGAGGGGACCUAUGAACCUGCCGAACUAAACACUCGAGGUGAUAUAGUUGAUAGACAAGGCGAAUGCGUCAACCCACGUCAUAGUGAUUUCGUUGGGACUCAAGAGCUGUCGACGAGCAAAGAGCUGUACGAGAAUGCAACCCGCGACAAGUUAGCUGUAGGUAAAACUCAGCAACAAAUCCAAAGCGAUGAGGAGAAUUCCGAAAGCAUGUAUAGUGCGGGUCCUGACGAUACAAGCUCCAACUACGAUUCGCCAUUAGAUAUCUGGCUACGAAGCCAAGAGUUACAGUCGACGUCAGCGACACCUAGUAGAAAGACAAGUAAUAUAGUACGGCCGGUCAUUUCGAAGGCCCCUGGAGUUAUUGAGCCCCAGGAGACUUCGGGUGAAUUGGUCAUAAUGCAACAUGGUUCUCUAGAAGUAAAGCUAGGUAAGCCAAGUGCAGGCUUGAAUGUCGGCCAAGUCGGGGAACCAAGUGACUGGGCUACCAACUCUAUACGAAGACGAAGCGAUGCCUUUGACGGCCGAGAUCUAGUAUUAACUAACCAGGGCCAAAAAGCUUCUUCGUCCCUCUACACACCUUCACGGUACAGUACCAGGCCUAACAGCUGCCAAACCGCGACAAAAGGAUCGCGACUGAACUUAACGGAGUUUCUAGGAGGCCGGAAGACGGUUGCUCCCUUCUUAGGAUUAAAUCGGUUGAAAUCCUCUAGCCGUGCGACUGAUGCCGAGAAAUCAGAGGUCAGUUCAUACAAGACUGCUCCUAACGAUGCCUCAACAGUAGAGAUAAACAUGCCGGGCGCCCAACAGUUACAACGUCCUACUGCGGACAUAAAUUCGGCCGCUGUUUCGGAUACAGCAAGUUUCAGGCAACGAGAAAGCGAGCUUAAAUCGAUCGAAAAGAGAUUUGGACGAACUAAUCUCCGCCGUGAUACUAUCACCCCAAUGGCUAGCAAGUUCCGAGAGGAGUUUAAUGAGCCUAGAACUAGAACCUCGAUCAUUUCUAAGAACUCUAUACUAGCCAAGUUUCAUUUACCGAUUGCUAAAAGAACCAAAUACCAAGCUCAAGAUGCACCACAUCAUAGUGUACAAGUGGUCAAGUGUAGUGGUGCGACGAAUCAAGACACCGAAUAUGCUUGCCUUGGCCAACAAAACCCCCACCAAGUGGCCGCUAAUAGACAGCAAAUAGUUUUAUUUCCAAAAUUGGAACACGAAGAUGUUGCGAACUCGAGGGGCUCUCAGCCACAGAUAUCUGUGUUCCAUGAAGAUGCAUCCGGAAUUCAGUGGCAGGAAGAAAGUCUUUCAGGGUCUUUAGGCUAUCACAAAACCACCCAUAUCGAUCAAGCUCUCCACCUGAGGACAAGAAAGGAGCAUGGUUCAUCGCUUAAACCACUGUCACGUCACGAAAAUAACAGUAGCCGGCAAUCGGAUCUCUCUAGUACUGUCCUUAGAGAAUGGGUAAGCCUGCUGAACGAUCAAGAUUUGAAGUCUCAGGAAGAACUCAAGGCGGAGACACAAAGCCACGGCACUUGGAGGUUCCGGACACCUCCUGCAUCAUGGGCAAAAUGGCCGUCUCAUACGCGCCAACAAAGAACGGGACCAGCAGGAGAAGAAGAUAAUGUGAUAUCAAGGGAUUUCGCAGUGCGAGUAGAAUCUAAUGGUAGCGAUAUAACAUGGCUAACGGAUAAACCUGGAAAUUCCUUCAAGAAAAAAGCUUCACCUAGACGAAGCUUAUCCACCCAGCUUGGUAGAGCUGUGAAAGGAGGGUUCAGCAGAGUUGUCCAAAAUACUAUCAAUCGGCCUUCCUCAGAAGCCUAUCGUGCCCGACAGAAACCAGACAAAGGAUUGGAAUACCCUGAGCUUAAGAUCCUCCCAAUACAAGGGGGCUACGAAGACUUACAAGCACUCGAACAACAAAUCGGCACAAUGAAACGCGGGACUACGACUACAGAAAAUCAAUUGGCCAGUUCAAGUGUAGACAAUACGAGACCACCCCUGAGCGCGCGUUUCGCCGAAGAAGUACAUAUGAUACAGCACCAAGUUCCAACCGACGGUUCUCAGGAUAACGAGACUACAGUGCAAAAUUCGGCAAUAAUUUGUACAUCAACACCCGAUCAAGCAAGACCGGCUUCACCAAGAAUUUCCGAAACGGCUAGUCAAUCGAGAGGGUUAGGGUCGUGUGAUAGCGGCGAACCCCAUGAGCCCCAUGAGCUCGAACAGAGACCAGAAGAUAAGCUGCCAGCGGAUAAUAACACCACAACAACAGCAACAGAGGACACUCAUGAUAUAUCAGUCGCUUAACAUCGUUUUAUAUGAUUAAGCUUGUGGGACAUAUUACCCUAAAGAUAUGCUUUAUUUUGUAGCUGAGCGAGAGACUACGGGGUUGUAUCUCUAGGUAGUUAGACAGCCCCCAAUCUUCAUAGCAAGACGCAUCGAGGGCGUUGUAAGGAGAGGCGAAAGUGAUCAACGAAAGCGAAGGGAUCCAUCAAUUAGAACGAGGUUAGCGUUAGUUAUAGCCGAUGGCGGACAAGG